AUGAUAUCAAGACUCUCAGGGUCUUCGUGUGAGUACGGAGUUUCAGUAACUGGUAGCUGCAUCACCAAGCUUAAAGAUCCAAGCUGUAGCAACAGUCCUGUGAAUGAGUCAGUCGGAGCAGUGACCAUCCAGCGGUCCCUGUGGAGCGUGCAAGCAAGUGUCACGUGUCAUGACGACUACUUCCCGUCUACACUGCAGGUCACGUGUGCGGCUGAUGGGAAGUGGAGUGAAGUACAAUGUUUGAAGAGAGUGUGGAGAUACCCGGAGACAAUGGAGGAGGGGUUCGAACGUCAGGUCUUCCAAAUACCGGGUACAGUGACCGUGGGCUGGUCAGUGUGUGUCCAAGGAAUGCCUACGGCAAUCACAAAUUUCGCCUUGGAAAUACGUGACACAUCUUACACCAUCCUACUCCACACCAGCUGGCGACUACACUUCGACGAACCGACGCCUUACCUUAUGCUGAUCUCUUUCGACGGAGGAUGGUGGUCGGAAACGCGGGUUGGGUUACCUCCCCUGCUGCUACAAGUCGGCCAACAGUUUGAUUUCAAGCUGACAGCAAAUACUUCAAGCACUGUUCACAUCUUCAUGAACCACCAGUUCCUCAGUGGCUGGACUCUGAGUGUGCCUCUGUCGACAUUUUAUUAUAUUAGUGGUGGAGGUGAUGUCAAUUUGACGAAAGUGGAGACCUGGUGCAGUGGCUAACAAAAGUUAAAUAGCGAACUAAAAUAAUGUGCUAGAUAAAGUCGUCUAUCUUUAUUUCAAGAUUCAUUAUUUAGCUGAGGCAGUUUGCAAUUGAAAAUGUUUGUCUUUGCUGUUUUCUAGCAAAAGGUUCUGUUUGCUUUCCUUGUUAACAGAUGAUGUCAAUGAUUACUGCUUCCUUUGCCCGAGCCGCAUCACUUUGCUAGUGUUUAUUAACAUUGUUGUUUUUAUCAACUCAGUACCCAGUCAUCUGACACUUCAUUUCUCUUAUCAAAGUGGCUGUUAGUGUGCACAUCCCGCUACAACCAGUAAGGACUAAAUUGCACUGUACUCCAUAAUUUUUUAACAUUUUUUCAGAAAUCUAGUUGUCACGAGUUCUUAAAUUAAUGAAAUUACCGAAAAUAUAUUAUAAUGUCAUGUUGGUGUUAUUCUUUUUUCUCUUUUGCAUAUAAAAGAUAUCGUCAAAUCAAAAUAGUGACAGGUUUUCAUAUACAAAAUAUGUCAUAAAAUAAAAUAGAAAGCACGAAGUGUUUCUUUUAAAGAAUAAGACUUCAACAUUUAAUCAUUAGUAAUCUUAAUUACUAAGGGAAGAGAGAAUGUUUUUCUCUGUUAUUUACGUACAAAGUUAAAGUAGAGAAAGAAGUAACAAGAUGUCAAGAAGUAUGUG